AUGGCUGCUCCGCGCAUCUACUCCCGCUGCUCCAGAGCGCUGGCGCGUUCAACCUUCCAAAAAUGCCCACGUCCUAUGCCCGUGAGAAUUCCACGCCGCCAGAUGGCUACCUCACCUCCUGAACCUCAAGGUGGCCCUAAAAACUGGAGGCCAGUAGUUGCCAUCUCGGUUGUGGCAGCCUUGAGCCUGGGUAUACUACAAAUUUUGAAAUCCUCCGUGCCGGUUGAGCUCGAUGCCCCCUCAAUCGCCUCCCUAGAUGACAAGACCAAGCGGGAAACCUUCAUCACGUCAUCGUCACCCAUGCGCCUGCGCAUGGAGAAGCUUAUAAAGGAUCACCAGAAAAAAAUAGUAGAUGAACUUUCGAGAAUAGACGGAAAGCAAUUUACAAUUGAUGACUGGAAUCGGCCGGAUGGUGGAGGAGGGAUCUCCUGUGUUUUGCAAGACGGAAAUGUCUUUGAAAAAGCCGGCGUCAAUGUCUCUGUGGUAUAUGGAAAAUUGCCCCGGCCAGCUAUUGAAAAGAUGCGAGCAGAUCACAAAUCGUUUGUGGGCACGGAUGUAGAUUCAUUGGAUUUUUUUGCCUCUGGCCUGUCCCUGGUGUUACAUCCCAAGAACCCUAUGGCACCAACAGUUCAUCUUAACUACCGCUACUUUGAAACUUCGGAUCCCAAGGACCCAAUGCACGGCCCGAAGAACUGGUGGUUCGGCGGUGGAACUGACCUCACACCCUCAUACCUUUUCCCUGAAGACUGCAAGCACUUCCACCAAACCAUCAAAGACGUCUGCGAUAACCACGACCCAACCUACUACCCCAAAUUCAAAAAAUGGUGUGACGAAUACUUUUAUAUCCCUCACCGACAUGAGUCCCGCGGCAUUGGCGGCAUCUUCUUUGACGACCUAGACACCGAUUUCCUAUCCCAUUCUUCUGCCCACUCCUCCACCAACGCCCAGGAGACGCUCUUCUCAUUUGUCUCUGACGCCCUUGCCUCCUUCCUGCCAUCAUACGUCCCUAUUCUUGAGCGAAGAAAAGAUAUGCCCUUCACACAAGCCGAGAAAGACUGGCAACAGUUACGCCGGGGCCGCUACGUCGAGUUCAAUCUUGUAUAUGACCGUGGUACGAGUUUCGGUUUAAAAACACCCAACGCUAGAGUGGAGAGCAUAUUGAUGAGUCUACCGCGCACUGCAGAGUGGGUGUAUAUGGAUCCUGUUUCUGGCACGAGAAUAGGCGAAGAGAAAAGGAUCGUCGACGCUCCCGAUAAGAAGAGAGAGCAAGAAAUGAUAGAUGUUCUGAAAUAUCCACGAGAGUGGGUAUGA